AUGACGCCUACCGCACAUCCCCGGAACGCCAAUUUACUGGAUUGCAGCAACCGCCAGGAACCCGCAUAUGGUCCAGCUGCAUCAGAUCUGUCCGGAGCGAAUGCGGAUCCGCCAUCUCGAUCGAUUCAUGCCUCGCAUCCGGAUCCUUUCGCCUAUUACAAGGCUUUCGUAGAUACGAACUCCUCGCACCUUCGACCGCAAUCGCAAGCACAAGGGGGCGACGGACAUCGCGUUGCACAAGACCACGAUGGUUACACCUGCCAUGAUAUUUCCGGGGCUGGAGACGUGCAGCAGGAUAUGGACUACCAACAACAGGCCAGAGUUCGAGCCGUUCCCUACAAUCUUGCCGUCCGGCUCGCAAAUCGCUCCAAUGGGGCGCCCUUGGCAACCAUUGCGGAGCAGGGUUCUUACUCCACGCUAAACUCCCACGGCUCCCUCCUCAGUGUCGGUCGCUUACCUUCGCUGCGUGUGGUGGAAAAUACCUCACCAACCCACGCCCCGAACAAACUUUCCCAUACUUCAGAGCAUCGUAAUCUCCUGCGCGUCACAGAAGACACUCACCUUGAGCACGUGCUAGACGCACCAAGCAAAGGGUACGAUGUGCCUUUGCGCAAGGAUCCCAAAACCUCUCCCCGGGUUGAUCAUGCCGCUAUACAACCUGCGUUAAGCACUAUUCAGCCUUCGCAAUCUACAGCGUAUCAAAUCGUCAGGAGAGACCCCGAAGCAAAUUCCAGGGAUGUAAAAAGCUUCUUUCGUGGCGUUGUACAUAACGUUCGAGCUGCCUCGAGAACCCUGUCUAGAUCGUCCUCGACGCAGGCUUCGCUCAAUCAGCACCACGACGACCGGCCGGAGACGAGCGAGGAUAGUCCAUACAGCCAUUUGUCCGCUUCUAACAUGUCUCAACUGAGCGAUGACAGACUUGACACGCCAUAUCGUAUGCCCAGUGCAUCUCAGUCCCUGAGCGCAACUAGAGUGUUGGCUCCCGUGGAUCAGACCAGAAAUGGGCAGAUUUUCAUGGUGGAUCCUACAUCUUCAGCUGAUGCGAUGCCGUCCUUACUCGAUGCCAAAACGUAUCCGCUGGAGUCGCAAAGUACGCUUGCAGCCGUAGCGCAACUACCACCACCUUCGGUUGUAGCUCGUUCGCGUGAAUGGUCCCCUUCUGUGCGUCUUGUGCACCCAGAACCACGCGAUGAAGCACCCAGAGGCCGUAGCGCUGAAGCACCAACGCUCUCAAACGAAAGCAGGAACACAAUCUCAGCUGGACAGACGUUCUAUGGCAUCUCCACAUCGAGUAACAUCAGCCAUUCGCUAAUAGAGCAUGAACGUGCGAGGGAAGCUAGUCGAAACACGAGUUUUUGUAGUACCAUGUCCACAUCCUAUUCGGGAACAGUGGUGGGCGUUGAUGUUGACCUUCAGCACGACUUUUCUCAUCCAGUGCGCUCCUCGCGCCCGCCCACACCCAUCGCGCCGGUAUGGUUUACACCACAAAUGGCCGAGCUAGAGAGGCAAGCUUCAAUUUCCGAGUCUCCCCCUGAUCCGAAUCAAGUUCCCGAAGCGGUACCCCCGCGUUGCUCAAUCACAUCAUCUGCGUUGACAUCUUUACUACCAAUAGCUGCUGCAUCGGGUAUCGUUCGCCCAAACUACGACACACCCAAGAUUUCUUUCUUCUCUCCAUCGGGUAAUCUUAUCCAGCCAGAAGGCAGCUCGACGCCUGGUACAACGAGCGCUUCAGGCCUUAGCGGUUUGCCCGUUGCAAACACAUCGUACUGCGAUAACAGAACCACAUCCACGACCUAUAGUGCCUUUCCUACAACGACAUGGCUACCGCCUCCAAGGCCCUCAUUAAGGCCAAUGACCACGCCACCCACAUCGUCGGCUCCGCUUCCUGCGCACUUACGGUUCCAUCACAACUAUAGACGUCCUGAGCGGUCGCAGAUCGACUCUACAACCGGCUCCACAAAAUGCUUCAUUGUACCUGCUCCAUCAGUCCAUGGCUGUGACGGGAUAGUGCUGACCGAGGGUCUUGCGCCUCACAUUAAACCGCGUCAUUCGUACGAAAAGAACAAGCCACGCCCGCAAUACAAACGACGCAAGUCGGCCCGGUCCUUUGCCGAAGAUCUCAGACACGAGGCCAGAUUCCAGAGAGCCCGAUUGAUCACGGCUAUUCUUGCGAGCUGUACAUCGUCAGGAAAAGGACGGGUGAUUUGCAAGCGAAAGGCUUCCAGCCGUAGAGCCGUAGCAACCGCCUCCGUUAGCAUACCUCGGAAUCGCGCCGGCGGGAAUGUCACAGGUGCCAGGACGAAGCGGAUUGAUUCCCGUGAGACUACGAACAAACGCGACAUAGGAGUCCUCGGUCCGCUAGCCGGACACACUCUACGCAUCUGCUUUUGCCAGCCAUUCGAUGGCGCAGGAAAGUCGACACAUACUGCAGCUACCGAAAACACUUGCAUUGGCAAGAGCGAUCACACAAGGAACAUGCAGAGCCGGUCGAAGAAGGAAAGCCCUCGCACAGACACGAAGGAAGUGGAAGUCGAUGCAGUAUUACCCAUUGCUCGGGUCGUCAGUGGAAUUGAAAGGAAGAUGGGCAACAAUGUACACCAACGUACUGCGGUCCGCAAGGGGAAGACUCAAUCGACCACCGGCACAAAUCAGCACAGCAGGAUGCGAAGUGAUAGUGCCGUCAGUGUGGGUGUUGCGCUGAGGACCGCUACUGCGGGAGGCUAA